GGUCAGGCGUGAGAUCAAGGCUGCAUUUAUAUAAAGACAGGAAUAUGCACUGGAAAUCCUUGCUUAGAAAGGGAAAAGACUGGAGAAUUUUGAGAGACACAUCAUGAGGGUCCUAAUUUUUCUCCUCACACUGUGCGUUUUCUCAUGCUCUGGGUUUCCAGCCUAUGACUAUGAACUCCCUGUCGUGGAAGAGGCUCUCAAUGCUUCCAUUGCACGGAUCAAUUCCCAGUCCUGGGGGAGGAACCUGUAUGGUGUUGUCAGGAGCCACGUCACGGGAGUUGACAUGUGGAACAGUGAUGCCUACAGACUAGAGCUGCAGUUCAGCAUCCGUGAGACCAUGUGCUUGAAGGCUUCAGGGAGAGAUCCCUUCACCUGUGACUUCAAAACUGGGCCUUAUGUGCCCACUGCUUCCUGCAGGAGUGUUGUGGAAGUCUCUGGGGAGCAGAUUUCCAGUGUCAUCGUGCGGUGCCAUCGUGGCACGUUCAGCUCUGAGUCGCUGAGCAGCGAGGAGAUGAUGUAUGUGCCGAAAAUGACCCCCAGCCGGGGAGGCAGCGCUCGCAGGGAAGAAGAUGUCUUUGCUCCUGAAGCCUUGCCUUCGGGGGGAAGAGGUGGCAGCCACGGGGAUUGGCACAGACUCAGCUCUGACAAGAUGGAAUAAUCUGGUUUGGAUUGGAGAAUGCGAAGAAUCAAGAUUAAAAGAUCCAACAUGGGAAGACAGAACCUGAUGCUUUGUCCUUUUUUUUUUUUUUUUUUUUUUAUGAAAAACUAUUCUGCAAUGAAAAGAAGUCUUUUCCCAAACUCAGUUUCUGCUGUGAUGGCAAUUGGAUGAGCUCAUGAGAUGCCAAAUAAACACUUGUCCAUUGAGAGCCCCUUCUGAUGUGUGGGAUCUCCCUGGGAGGAGUCUCAGACACCGAGUGAAACCUUGUGGAGGAUAUUUGUACCAUCCCAUAAUGAUGCUAUUAAAAGCUCGUUACUCCACCUGUUUGUUCUGCCUUACUCUCUGGUUGGUUGUAAUUUUCUGUAAUGGCCUCAGCUAAUUAUUGAUUAUUCAAACCAAUAAACUCACUCAAUUCCA